AUGCAGACGACACCUAGUGGUGGCGGGGGGAGGAGCUGGGGGGAGGCUCGCCUCCGCGCAGAGACUGCAGUGGCAUCGGUGGUGGGAACCAUUGAGGGCCUGGGACUAAGGGUGGCGCCCCAAAAGACUGAAUCCGUGUUUUUUCACGACGACAGUCGAGGGGCGCCGCCUGAGACCCGGUUCCUAGUCGAUGACGUCCGCAUCCGCGUCGGGCCGACGAUCAAGUAUCUCGGCCGGACGUUGGACGGCCGUUGGGACUUUGGCCAGCACUUUAGGGACCUGGCCCCCAGGGUGCGCAACGCAGCAUUGGCUGUUACCAGCCUGCAGCGCAACCUUGGGGGCCCGGGAUGGAGGGCUCGCCGCCUGUACACGAUGGCCGUGCUGUCGAUCGCACUAUACGGCGCGCCGAUAUGGGCGCCCCAACUCAGCGCCUGCCGCGAAAGCCAACGGAGGCUGAGGCAGGCGCUGAGGCCCAUGAUGAUAAGAAUGACGAGAUCGUACAGCACGGUCUCGUACAUGGCGGCGACCACCCUGAUUGGCUUCCCUCCCGUGGAGCUCAUUGCGAAGGAGAGGGGGAUCCUCUAUUGGAGGGUCAAGGAGGCUCCACUAGGGGGGGGCCUAAGAGCCAGGGAUGUGCGGACCUUAAAGUCUCAGGCUGUGGCCCGUACCCAUGCAAUGUGCGCGGACAUAUUGUCCGACCCUCGGGGGUACAGGCCCGAUACAGCGGAGGCCGCCCGCCUCUGCCUGCCGGAGUGGGCAGGCAGGAGGGGAUGCGGACUAUCCUUCCAUCUGGUACAGAUACUCACAGGCCAUGGGUGUUUUGGCAAGUAUCUGCACCGGAUAGGAAAGGAGCCCACCACUAGAUGCCACCACUGCCCCGCGCUGAUGGACACGACGCUCCAUACCCUGGCCGAAUGUACGGCCUAG